UCUCGUGGAAUUUAAAAUUUAAAGAGAGGCAAGAAAAUGUGUGAAGCACAUAUUUUGGUUAUACCAUUUCCAGCACAAGGCCAUGUAAUUCCUCUCAUGAAACUUUCACAUCAACUUGUGAAGCAUGGAAUCAAAGUCACAUUUGUGAACAUUGACUUUGUUCACAAUCAAAUCAUGAAAUCUUCUCUAGGAGAAGGAGUAGCAGAUCAUAAUAAUAAUAAUAAAGAUGCAAUGAUUGAACUAGUUUCAAUCCCAGAUGGGUUAGAGGAUGGUGACAAUAGAAGUCUUCUGCUUGGAAAGUUGACAGAAUCAACAUGUAAGGUCAUGCCUAAGAAGUUGGAAAUGCUCAUAGAAGAUAUCAACAAAUCUAAUAAUAACAAUAAUAAUAAUAAUGGAAAUAAAAUCAGUUGUUUGGUGAUUGAUGAAAACUUUGGAUGGGGAAUUGAAGUUGCAAAGAAGAUGGGAAUAAGAGCAGUUGCAUUUUGGCCUGCAUCAGCUUCAUUAUUGGCCUUGCAUUUCAACAUCCAAAAGCUUCUUGAUGAUGGACUCAUUGUUGCCAAUGAUGGAACACCUGCAAAAGAUGAGGCAAUUCAAUUGGGACCAAUGAUGCCUAUUAAGACAAGAGAGUUUCCAUGGGCAUGCUUGGGUGACAAGAACACACAACAUACAGUUUUCAAUCUUACAAAAAGGAAUAAUAUAUCUGUGAAGCUUGCAGAUUGGAUUAUUUGCAACACUAAUUAUGAUUAUGAGCCAGCAACAUUUGACUUUGCUCCACAAAUAAUACCAAUAGGUCCACUUCUAGCAACUAAUAACCAUGUUGGUAGCUUUUGGCCAGAAGACUCAUCUUGUUUGAAUUGGCUUGAUCAACAAGAAACCAAUUCAGUAAUCUAUGUUGCUUUUGGAAGUGUCACUAUCUUUGAUCAUUCUCAAUUGCAAGAACUUGCACUUGGACUUGAACUAUCCAAUAGGCCUUUUCUAUUGGUUAUAAGGGCAGAUAUCAACAAUGGAAAAAACCAAUCUUUUCUUAAAGAAUUUGAAGAAAGAGUUUUCCCUUUUGGAAAAGUGGUUCAAUGGGCACCUCAAGAGAAAGUUUUGAGUCAUCCUUCAAUUGCUUGCUUCAUAAGUCAUUGUGGUUGGAACUCUACUAUGGAAGGUGUAGUAAAUGGUGUUCCAUUUUUAUGCUGGCCUUAUUUUGCUGACCAAUUCUUUAAUCAAACAUUAAUUUGUGAUGUUUGGAAGGUUGGAUUGAGACUUGUUCCAAUGGAUGGAAUUAUAAUAACUAGGGAAGAAAUAGCAUGCAAGAUACAAAAACUGUUUCAUGAGGGAGAAUUUAAAGUAAUGGCUAUGGAGAGAAAAAAUUCAACCAUCAAUAGUAUUAAAGAAGGGGGUAGUUCAAAUAGAAACUUUAAUAGAUUUGUUGAAUGGAUAAAAGCAUAUAACUAUUAAUUAGUUAUGUGUUAUAUAUAUGCUCAAGUAAAAUAAGCAUAUAUAUUAGUGGUGCUUCAAUUCAACUUAGAAAGUGUGUCUUUAAUUUGUGAUAUAAUUUGUGUGACUUAAGAGUAUAUGUGACUUUAGUUGUACUUAAAGUUGUUUGUAAACUAGUUGACUA